AUGUUCAAUUAUAUGGCGAUGAAUGAGUAGUAAGUACGUGAAGGCGUACAAAAAUAUGGGCCAGCUGUAGGUGCUAGAAAAAUAAUAGAUUAAGAAUAUCAACAUGCUUUGGAAACACUAAAUACUGGAAUUUAUAUUACUUAUUAUUGUGCAGAGUAGAAAUCAGAAUGUAGCAGAAUAGGUUCCACAAGCAAAUGUUUUUGUGGUCAUUUAUUUAGUUAACACAAAUAACAAUUAGGGAAAAAAUUUAAUACUGGGUGUGAGAAUUGUGAAUGCAAAAGGUUUCAAUUUGUACCUUCAAGACCAGAGGAAUGUGGAAUGUAUUGGCUACCAAGAAGAAAAGACUUCAAUAUUUUGACAUGGAGACCUCCUUGUAAAUGUAAUCAUGGAUGUGAGGAUCAUCUCCCAAAUUAUCCCUUAAGAUGCAGGAAAUGCCAAUGUUCUGAUUUUGAUUCCUAUUUUGCAUGCAUAGCCUGCGAUAGAAGAUGGGAAUUACAUGAAACUUUAUUUGAAGAUGAGUCAGAAAGAAAAGCUUUAGGCAAAAAGGUUGGCUAGGAUUAUCUUCCUCUCUCAAAUACUCCUGAUAUUUAAGAACAUGUGUUUUAGGAUCAGAAAUAUUAAUAAAUGCCUUAAAAGUUACAAUAAGGAUUAGUAGGAAAUGAUAAACCAUUUCCAAAACAAUAAAUACAAACUAAUAAAUAACAACAAUAGACUACUGCUUAUACAAGACCAAAUUAAUAAUAAUAAUAGAAGGCUAUUUAGUAAUAAUAAUAAAAGCCAAUUUAGUAAUAAUAAUAAACUAAUAAAAUCGUUUAAAAGAAAAAGUGA